AGUGGCACAAUCUCGCUCCUAAUACAAUUGAUAACUCCGUCAAUCAAGCUAGCAAUUUUUGGCUGACACUGGCCAAUAGCUCCGUGCCAUAUGUGCAGCCAUUAGAGCCAUAAUUAGUGACUAUUGGCGUUGAGUAAAAGCUCGGGUUUCUGCUAGUGUCCCUGUUCUGGAAGUUUGAUAUUUCAAACUCAAGAGUCGCCUUAUUGCACAGAUGCACUGGGAGAAGAUAGAGAUCAAGGUGAAGCCUCAUGAGCCCAUUCCAGGCAAAUCGCCAGGGAGGAAAGGCGGCAAGCACGGGCCAGGGAGGAAAUGGGGUCACACGCUGAAUGCCGUGAACUACGGCCGUCAGGUGUACGUUUUCGGAGGUUAUGGCAAGGACGAGCGGCAGACGAACGACGUCUACGUGUACAACACAACCAAGGACGCGUGGAGCAAGCCGAACAUCAAGGGCACGCCGCCGUCGCCGCGCGACAGCCACACGAGCACGGUGGUGGGCAGCCGGCUGUUCGUCUUCGGCGGCACUGAUGGAUCGUCGGGCUCAACGACCUCUACAUGCUCGACACCUCAACGAACACGUGGACGCGGCUGGCAGCGCAGGGAGACGUCCCAGCAGCACGGGAGGGGCAUGCAGCAGCGCGGGUGGAGGGGGUGGUGUACGUGUUUGGGGGGUGCGGCAAGGCGGGCGACGGGGGGACGGUGGACGAGACGUAUUACAACGACGUGCAUGUGUUCAACCCUG